AUGCCGCCAAAAUUCCUCGGAGAGCGGCCCUCACUGAGAAGAAUACCAAGCCGAUCGAGCAAGUACGCCCACGUCGGACCCAAAGUCGACUCAAGAUUACCAUCAGAAUUCAUGCCCAGCGAGAGCCAGUUCCAACUCUCGAAACACAAGAGGAGCGAACUCCACAUUGGGGAGGAAGGUCCCAUACAGGAAGAAACCGAGAAUCUCGACGGAGAUGAGAAUGACUACCAGUUCUCAGAAACCGACGGAUUUCCACUUCCCAACCGCGCGAUAGACUCACAGCACAGUUCUACUUCGCGUUAUGCCUCACCAGCCGCUUCGUCCACAUACAGCGCCGAAAUUUACGCCCAGUUCGGCGGCGAAGCGAUCUCUUCCCCAACGUACCACAGCGAUACGGAUGCAGAGCCAGGGCAGAAUUCCCGCGCCUCGAGCCGUCGCCACAGUCUCGUCCUCGCGCAGCCGACGAGCAAUCGGGCGCAGUAUGCGCGGAAUACGGAUAGCUAUCGGGUGAAGAUGAGGGAGGGCGUGGAGCGGCAGCCCCUUUCCAGCGAGCUGUUCACACAACCUCGUGUAACCACACCAGAGUGGGAGCGCAAAGUCCGCUUCGACGAGCCCGUGAAACCUCCUUCACGACCAAGGCCAAGAGGUGGAUAUGAUAGGGUGCGUUCGCACAGUAUGUUUACGACACCGUCGAUGGGAGAUGGUAUUGCGAGGUCGUUCCAGGACGCGCUGGAUAGGACUUGCCAGGAUCUACUGAGUCUGCGGGAUGAAUUAUACAAUCAGCGCAGGACGCUGGAUGUGCAUAGCGUGUUGGGGAAGAGGGGCAAUAUGCCGGUGGGUGUUAAUGGGGUGAGGGAGAAAAUUGUGCAGGUGGUUGAGCGCUAUGAGACGGAGACGAAUCAACACCGUGAGCUGAUUAUGAAGAAUGAGAAGAGGAUUGAUGAGAAGGAAAGGAGGAUUAGGCAGUUGGAAGAGGCGUUGAAGGGGAAGAGUGAGGAGCUGAAGAUGAGUCAGCGUGACGGUAAGAGCAGGGAGGAAAAGCAGGAGGCGAGGAUUAAGGAGUUGGAGGAUGCACUACAUAGGAGUGUGGAGAAGACAGAGCGGCAAAGAACGUCUCAUGUUCACGGACACGAGGCUCAGAGAAAGCUUGAGGAGACGGCUUCGUGGGCGGCAGACCUACAAUCUUCGCUGACGCAGAAGACCAAGGAGUUUGAGGAAGUAGUAAAGAGCCACGCCCUUGAAGUCGAACGGUUGCAGAAAGAACUGCAAGACAGGCCCAAACACGCAGUAUCUAUAAGUGACAUGCAAACAGCGUUCCUCGCCCACCAGGAACAAGAACAGAAGAUCCGCGAGCUGGAAGAAGCCCUCCAGAAAAAGACCAUAAACGACGCCCUUGAAGCCGGCACAGACACACCAGAAUGGCACUCCCUUUUCAAACGCGAGCGCAAAGUAAAAGCCGCACAAGACACCGAAAUCACCCACCUCAAAGCCUCCAUCACCAACUUAAACACCUACCACAUUGAGCUCGAGUCCGAGCGCAACGAGCUCAGAGAGUACGUCGCCGCCCACCGCGACACAGUCCAAACACUGCAAGAACAACUCGCCACCUCAACCCGCGAAGCAGAGCAGUGGCACGAGGAGUACAAUCAGCAAAAAGAAAUGCUCGACGGCCGCGCCUUCGCCGAACAGACCGAACUCGAGGCCCUCAGGCAGGAAAUGCAGCACACGAUAUCGACGUACCAUUCCCUCCUCCCAAGCCCCUCGCACCCCGACGCCCUCCAAAUCACCGGCCUCCUGCGCACCCUCGCUGCCACAGAAAAGACGCUCGAGGAGACUACCUCCCGCCUCAACGUUCUCAAGGAAGAGCAACUUGCCCUGGAGAAAGGCAUCGAGAAAGUAAUGGACGAGAAAAACGAGGUCCUCGCUGAGAACGACCGCCUGCUCAACGGCCCACCACCUCUCACCCGCAUCGUAUACGACUCGGACACAGGCCAGCAAGUGCGUUUGCCACCCUGGCACACGGCCGAUCGUCUCUUCGCUCGACAAGCCGCCAGGUCCCUCUUCCUCACCUCCCAGACGGCCGCGCGCCGCAAGAUCCAGCUUUCAGAGCAGAUAGUGGAAAAGGCAAGGGCAUGGAAGAUGGGGAAGCACUAUCCGCCAUCAAGGUUGCAGGAGACGUAUAAACAGGCGGUGAAGAAGAGCGAGUGGGAGCGGUGGGAGGUGCAGCGGUGGGUUCAGGAGCAUGGGAGCGAUGGUGAGUAUAGUGAGGCGCUUGAGCUGGGGUUGUUGGGGUCGCAGAAGGCGAGGGGGAGGGGGACGAAUGAGUGGAGAGGGAGGAGGUUGGAGAGUAUGGGGUUGAGGAGUUGGGAUCCUUGA